AUGGCAACGAAGUUGGUAGCCCUUCUGGCCAUCGGCCUGGCCCUCCUGGCCGUCUGCGAAGCCCGUCACGUGGGCGGCCACCGCAGGCAGCAGUUCGAGCAGCGCGCCCUCAUCGCCAAGCCGCACGGCGGGCCGCAGGGACGCGUCUUCCCCGGAGCCGUGGCCAUCAAGAAGCUGGUGCUGCUGAAGUUCAAGAAGAUCGUGCCCAUCUCCCUGAUCCUGCUCAAGUCGAGCAACGAGAACGAGGCCGAGCUGGUGCCGGUCUACCCCACCGACCAGAUCCCCGAGAACGUGCAGUUCAUCCCGACGCCGAACGGCAUCUCGGGCCACAAGGACGUCCAGGCCAUCGCCAUCCCCAGCGAGCUGCACGACCAGCUGCAGAUCAACGGCCUCUCCAACCUGGAGAACAUCGAGGCCCUGCUCCAGAGCAGCUCGAUCGCCGCCGCCGACAACGAGGGCGAGACCCCCGUGGGCAACAGCAUCGCCGUGGCCCAGCCCGAGGACCUCGUCCUCGAGCAGCCGGAGAACGACGAGGACCAGCUGCUGGAGGGCGCCUCCGUCCCCGCUUCCGCCGCCCCCGCUGCUGCCGCCCUGCGCCGCCUGUCCGCCGACGAGCUGCUCCGCUCCGGGGUGCGCAACUCCGCCCAGCAGCAGCAGACCAGCGUGGAGGAGAUCCCGCUGCUGCUCUACUCCUCCAGCGAGGGCGUCUCCGGCAGCUCCAGCAGCUCCGGCCGCCGCUUCGUGGCCGCCGCCCCAGCGAAGCGCCGUCGCCAGCAGUUCUACAACUAG